GAAGGCUUGAAAUUUCUGUGAAUCUACGACGGAGAUUUGGAUUGGUGAAUUACAUCAGAAUCAGUAAUCAGCAAAAGGGUAAUGGAAGGAGAGAAGCUAAUAGAAGAUCGUGGCUUUUUGGCUGCUCCUCUGACCUUCUUCGUCGUCGUCGCCUUCCAAUUGCUAUCUAAGUGGCUUGACCAAUUGAAGAAGAAAGGGUCGAAGAACACGAGGGAAUCAGAGCUACGAUCCGAAAUUAAGCAGCUUUUGAGAGAGGCUAGUGUAUUAUCUCAGCCAGCCACAUUUGCGCAAGCAGCGAAACUUAGGAGGUCAGCAGCUACUAAAGAGAAAGAACUUGCACAAUAUCUGGAGCAGCAUAACAAAGAAAUCAAGCUUUCAUACGAUAUGUAUGGGAAGGUUCUGCUUGCUUCAAAGGUUGUGAUAUACCUAAUCUUGGUAUUGUGUUUCUGGAGGACUCCAAUUGCCAUUAUCGCUAAGCAACUUGUUCAACCGUUUGGGACUUUGUUAUCUUGGGGAACAGGAGGUCACUUGACAGGCCAUGUAAUGGUCGGGAUCAUACCGUGGCUGAUACUCUCAACAAGAGUAAGCAAAUAUGUGUGUAGGUUCGUGGAGUUCUAAAUCACAGCCCUGAAAAGAGUGGAGAUUGGAUGGUUUUGAGUUCAAAGUUGUAGCCUUUUAGGAGACACUCGUGGCAGAAAUUGUGCCUCUUUUUUUUUCCUAAUCUUCCCUUAACAAUGUAUAUUUUAUAUGAAUCUUUUUCUCUGGUUUUUGAUUGGAUUUUACCAAUAACAAAGUAGUUCGUUUUCU